AUGCCGCCAUGGGCACACAACUCAUGGGUUUGUUUGUUUGCUGCCAUGCUCACCGUUGCGAUCGGAGGAAACGCUAUCGUCAUAUGGAUAGUUACAGCUCAUCGUCGAAUGAGAACUGUGACGAACUACUUCUUGGUUAAUCUCUCCUUCGCUGAUUUGAUGAUGGCGUCUCUUAACUGUCUCUUUAACUUUAUCUACAUGCUACAUAGCGACUGGGUGUUUGGUGUUCGUUACUGUCAGCUCAGUAACUUUAUAGCAAACGUAACGGUUGCUGCAAGCGUGUUUACACUUACGGGAAUAUCAUUCGACAGGUAUCAAGCAAUCGUACGGCCGAUGAGACCGCGGAUGUCUAAGACGUGUUCCCUCGUCAUGAUCGCCGGUAUUUGGGUCAGCGGUAUGCUUCUUGCUAUACCGUGUCUUCUUUACUCCACCACAAAAGAAUACAGGUCAAAAGGGACAUUAAAGACGGCGUGUUUAUUGUCUUGGCCGGAUGGUCUUCCUGAUGUGUCGUAUAUGGAUUUCAUGUACCAGGUACUUUUCUUUGUUGUGACGUAUGCUGUACCGAUGCUGGGGAUGAUGUUCUUUUACUCCGCCAUGGGUCGGGUGCUCUGGGGAUCACGCUCCAUUGGCGAGCUAACACAACGACAAGCUGACUCAAUUCGAUCCAAAAGGAAGGUGGUUAAGAUGUUCAUCCUCGUGAUUGUCAUAUUUGGACUAUGCUGGCUUCCGUAUCAUUCGUACUUUAUUUACACGCACUUUAAUCCAUCUAUAUUAUAUAUGAAGUACAUUCAACACGUGUAUCUUGGAUUUUAUUGGCUCGCAAUGGCCAACGCUAUGGUGAACCCAAUCAUUUAUUACUGGAUGAACGCCAAAUUUAGAUCAUACUUCCGUACAGCGAUACUGUGCCGUUGGCGAGACAGUUGUUUCCGUCGCAAGAGGCAACUACCUGAGUCACCCCCGGAUUUUAUCUCCCAGUCGGGAAGCAGAUCCCGAUCAGGUUUUUACUCGUUAACGUGUAGAGGAGCACAGAAAUUCAAGAGGAAAUGCAACAGUCGCAUGGCCGCGAUCGUCUCGGGAUCUCGGCCCGAGGUCGAUGAGACAGCCUUCGCUUGCUAGCUGCCCCAGGUGCCCUCAUCAGACCUAUGAUGCUGUCAUCCAUGGACGCAAGGCUUAAAGAAAAUAUGACGUUUUGGCCCGGAUCUCAGAUUCUACAUCUUUUAAUAUUCUUUACAACUAUUAAAAGAAAAACCGCCGUGAUUUGAUGAAACUAAAUUUAUUUUAAUUUAUAUAUUUAU